AACUUGACAUGUAUUCUGUCCCCCUUAAGUAUGUGAGGUCGUGCAGACACUGCAGCUGUGCUCUGACAGAGACCCCCAGGAUCUUGUAGGUGACUUGUCAGUCUGUCUGGAUGGCAUGCAGGUAGACCCAGAAACCUUUGUCUUGGCAGAGAGAGAACAAGCUGCUCUUCCAAAUGGAAAUACACGGCAAAAUGGAGAUACUGGUGACAGGUCAAGCGGAGGAUCAUCACCUUCAAGUGACUCGGAUGAAUGGGUCAUUGUACCAAAUGUGCAUGCUGUCAAUGGUACAAGUUCUCCCUCACGGUCUCCAGGGGGCUCCACUGCAUCACUUCCUUCUGGACCUACGCGACCGCCCCCUCCUAUGCGACAGAAACCGGCUGCUUCACCAUCCUCUUCUAGCAGUUCUUCUCCUAGUGAACUCAGCGAAGGCCCAGCUUCCGAUGGUUCCUCUCAGGCAUCAGCUAGUGGGUGUUCAGAUCAGCAGAAUGAAUCAAAUGCAAGAGCGGCAACAUCAAGUUCCUCACAGACAGCAAGUGUUCCUAAACAAGGGGCCAGUGCCUCAGCAACAAUUCCCAGGGUGGCUCCCAUAAACAAUGGUCCCUUGCCCCCAGGAUGUUUUUGCAAACUUGACAUUUGUAACGUUUUCUUUCUGGCUCAGCUUCAAGACCAGUUUGCAGCCACAGCCAGUAAAGAGUUUGACCCACUAGGACCUCUGCCUCACGGAUGGGAAAAGAGAACUGACACCAAUGGUAGAGUGUAUUUUGUCCAUCACCCAACUCGCAGGACACAGUGGGAAGACCCAAGGACCCAAGGGCUGCUGAAUGACAAGCCUCUGCCUGAGGGUUGGGAGAUGAGGUUCACUGUGGAUGGUAUUCCCUACUUUGUAGAUCACAAUAGGCGAACAACAACCUACAUUGACCCUCGCACAGGGAAAUCCUCACU